CAAUCAAAGUUCGAAUUAAAAAGAAAAGACCAGAACUCAGAAUAGAAGGGCUGAUUUUUUUUUUUAAUUAACAAAAAAAUAUCUGGCUAUAAAAAAAUAAACAUGGUGGACGCAGGCUCAGAAUGUUUCGUUAUCGGUUGUGGUUUUUAGUUUACUACUAAAGUAAAAUGUCCGGCACAAGUAGUUCGGGAGUGCCCAGUGGUGUGGUGCAGAACAGUGCUUUGUCUUUCGUUGCGCAUGCGCAGCCGACCAGUUCUGAUGGACCCGCAGUAACAGCUGUUGACGCAGGUUCCUCGGAAGAAACUAAUAACCAAACAGAUCGUCUUAUGCCGGCAGGCUUAAAAACUCUCUAUGAUGCGUGCUUCAAAGUAUACCCAGACCAGCCCAAUCCUCUGCAGGUUACAACAAGGUUGAAAUAUUGGCUAGGUGGUCAAGACCCCCUGGACUACAUAAGCAUGUACUGGAACCCUGGGAAGCCUGAUGAAAAUAUACCAUCGCAUUGGCAUUAUGUUAGCUUUGGCCUGUCAGACCUUCAUGGAGACGGCAGAGUGCAUCCCGAACCUGAUCCCAUAGAGAGAUGUUCAGGGUAUGGGUUAGAGCUCACCUUCAGGCUAGCGAGUGAGGCGCGGGAACCUCCCCUGUGGCCUGCCGCCUUGCUGCAACAACUUGCAAGAUAUAUAUUUACCACUGGCAAUAAGUUCUGCGCGGGUGACCACGUGUCGUGGCACGCGGCGCUGGACGGGUCGGAGUCGCGCGUGCGGCACCUGCUAGUUGCGGACGAUCCGCAGCUGGCGUCUGCGGAUACGCCGCAUGGCACCGUCACAUUCCUGCAAAUGGUUGGUUGCACGAGCCGGGAGCUUCGGGCUGCACAGAGGGGCUCGGGUUUUGAAGUCCUCAAGGCGUUAAGUGAAGACUCACGAUGCGGCGGCAGAUGGUUGGUGACCAGAGCGCAAAGGAGGGUCUCCGCUCGAAUGGGCUCCGCCGCCAGACGCGCCGCACACCUCGCGGGUGUGUCUGCCAGGGUGCGAUGGCAGAAACUUUCGAACCCGGAUCAAUCCAGCUCGAUGUCGCCGAGCGUGGAGAGACAAAUCAAAGAGACUCUGCAGCGAGGUCUCAGCAGCAUGAGCGAUAGAGGCACUGAAGGUCACAACAUGUCUACAGACAGUUUCGAGAUGUCGAGCAUAGAACGCGCAUUGCCGCAACUGCCCGAAAUGAUGCAGGGUUCUUGGCGUGGUGAAGACGAUGUGGAGUAUCUGGAAGGAGUGCAUCUGAUGUUGAACGCGGAGGGUGCGAGCCUGUGGCCACUAGCCAUCGACGGGCGGGUGCUGCAUGAUCGCCACUUCACGUGGCGCCAAGGUCCGCGCGCCGUCACCAUACUCCCCCCCAGCGUGGCCGGAGCCCUAGUCACUGAACAGAAGCCCUACGCCACCAGGGGUGACUGGUUACAGAUUCUAAUACCGCCGGAUUUAGCGCAAGAAAUGUCAAAACAACUCUCCGAUCUCUCCCGUCUGGCGGAUAGCGACUCGGAGAGCGAAGGGGAGGCGGAGAAGUCUCCGCGGCCCUCCCUCCCACUCGUGUACAGCUGGCCAACACACAGACUGACACUUUCUAUUUUGCACGAUAUGGAGAUAUUGUACUGAAGAGAAUAGUAUUUAAAUUAUCACUUUUACCGGAUUUAGAGGAAUAAUUAUAAUCUCAAAGACGCAAAGUAUAUAAGGAGCAGUGGCGUGCACCUCAUACAGGCGUAGAAACACUGCCUACCCAAAUAAAAAUAUCACUCCUAAAGCAGGAUGAUUUUUGCAUUUUCUGCCAAGUUUCUGAUUUAAAUAUUAAUAAUCAAGAUACUACGACAGCACACACAUUGCCAUCUGGCCCCAAAGUAAGCGUAGCUUAUGUUAUGGGUACUAAGAUGUCUGAUGAAUAUUUUUUUGAAUA